AUGGGCUUAUUUUCAUGGCUGAGUCCAAGCAGAGUCGAUGAGAAUGGUGAUGCCAAUGCCAUUCCAACGAAAACACAAUGUUUUUAUAUAGAAGGAUUUUUGACUUGCUCCUACUUUACAAAUGCUGUGAGAGUUGCAGAUAUGUUAACAGCCAAUUACCCUCAUAUUAAAGUAGAUGUGAGCGCAUAUGUGAAGGAGCAGUGGAAAGAACGUGCCGAAGAACUGCAGCAGGAAUUUGCUACAGAUCAUAAAACUUCACCGUUUAUAUAUGAAGGCUGCAGUACAGAAAAUCAAACUCUGAUAGGCGGAUAUACGGACUUUGCGAAAAGAGUUAAAGAAACAUAUAGGCUCAACAAUAUACCUUUGGAUUAA